AUGAACGACCCCACCCUCACCAAACACGACCCCCGCUGGACCGACGUAGACACCUACACAGUCUCCCACCUCCACUCCUCCCCCACCGCCAUCCCACCACCCUCCACCCUCGCCGCCACCCUCGCUCAUCAGCAAGCUUCGGGCCUCCCAGACAUCGCCGUCUCCCCCUCCCAAGGCAAAUACCUCCAGCUGACCGCGCGCGCCACACGCUCCCGACACAUUCUCGAAGUCGGCACCCUGGGCGGCUACUCGACGCUCUGGCUCGCGAGCUCUCACCCAGACGCACGCAUCACGAGCGUCGAGAUCAGCGCAGACAACGCAGCGGUAGCACGCGCAAAUCUCGAGCGCGCGGGCGUGUCGGAUCGCGUGGAUGUUGUUGUCGGGGCUGGCGUGGAGGUGCUACCCCGGCUUGCGGACGAGGUGAAGCGUGGAGUGCGGGAAAAGUUUCAGUUCGUCUUUAUUGACGCCGAUAAGGAGAAUAAUUGGAAUUAUGUAGAUGUGGCGCUGGGCAUGUGUGAGGCUGGCGCGGUCGUGAUUGUGGAUAAUGUGGUCAGGGGCGGUCACUUGGCGGAUGCGUCGACGCAGGAUAGCAUGGUUUUGGGGGCCAGGCGGGUGGUGGAGAAUAUCGGGCGCGAUGACCGGCUGGAUGGGUGCGUGUUGCAGGUUGUGGGCGAGAAGAGUUAUGAUGGGUUUCUUAUGGCCGUGGUCAGGUAG